GAGGAGGAGGAGGAGAGGCAGCGAGCACAUGGAGCAGGCGAGCGGGCAGCCCGAGCUGCCGUUGUCGCUGCUGUACGCGGGGGUCACGGUGGUGCUGGGUGCCGCGGUGAUCCACCGCCUCCUCAGGCAGGAGCUGCAGGUGGGAGUGCGGGCUGCCCUCAGCUUGUUGCUGCUCCUGCUCGCCGAGUGGGUGUGCUUCGUGGCGCUGCCUGGUUACCCCGGCCUCUGCAUCUUCUCGCUGGCCUGUCUGCUCAGUUACUGCACGUUGCCGGACAGUGAGCUGCUCUCUGUCCAGGACAAGGCCGUUCUAAUCACAGGAUGCGAUUCUGGAUUUGGAUUUGCCCUGGCCAAAUACCUCGAUAAACUGGGCUUCACUGUUUUUGCUGGAGUUCUGUAUUUAGAUGGACCUGGUGCUAAGGAUUUAAAGACAAGUGGCUCAAACAGACUUAUGGUGCUGCAACUGGAUGUCACCAGUUUGGAACAAAUCACUAAAAGCUACGCACAAAUAAAAUCUCAGCUCAAAAACAGAGGACUUUGGGCUUUAGUGAAUAAUGCGGGUAUCCUAGAAUUUGUUGCUGAUGCAGAACUUCUUCCAAUGAGUACUUACAAGCGUUGCAUGGACGUGAACUUCUUCGGAGCUGUGGAACUCACUAAAAUGUUCCUUCCAUUACUCCGCCAAGCAAAAGGCAGACUGGUUAACAUCUCAAGCAUGGCAGGAACUACACCACUGCUAGGGUUUGCAGCAUAUGGUGCCUCAAAAGCUGCACUUUCUAUGUUUUCCAAUGUUUUGAGACAAGAACUUGCCAUCUGGGGAGUCAAAGUGGCUACCAUCCAGCCUAGUGGUUUCAAAACAGGUAUAUUUGGUACCUCAGAUCAGUGGAGCAACCAACACACACAAGUUAUGCAGCAGCUCUCUCCUGUUGUUAGAAAAGAUUAUGGUGAAAACUACAUAAUUGCAUUCAGAGGAAAGUAUGGUAAAUGGCAGGCUAGUUUGCAAGAUGAACUACAACCUGUUCUUAAUGAUAUCUCCAUUGCACUGAUAGCAAAAAACCCCAAGAGCCACUACUCUCCUGGAACAGCAGCUAACUUUCUUCCAUUCAUCUAUCGCCACCUUCCCACCCACUUGUCUGAUUUUAUUUUUUAUCACUUAUUCAAAUCAGGUCAGGAUGUACCAGAUGGAGUAAAAGAAAUUAGAUAGUAAGCAUUCUGAGUUAGCACUGACAGCUAAUUUGUACAGGCAUUAGUCAACUAACAAAUUCUAUCUUGAAAACUUCUUGUAUUGAUUACUCAGAUGUACAAAUAUUCAGAGAUAAGGUUUUCUGUAUUGAUCCAAGAAUAAGCAUUGUACACUUGUAAAGCUUGAUGUCUGAGUGAGCAUUUAUUUUCCAGAAUCAUUCAGCAGCAAUAUUGCAAAUUUUUACACUCAAUAGAAUGAACUAUUUAUAAUCAAAAGAGCAACUCCAGUUGACACAGCACAAAGAAAGGAAAUUCUUUCACAGUGUAAGAAUCCUUCAUUGAGAUCUAUUAAGAUACCACUUCAUUUAAUGGCUUCAGUUAUUCUUUUAACUCUGUUUCACUGUGCCAUAGUGUCACAUGAGUUAUUGUGACUGUUCGAGACAUUUCAUAAAAGGAGUGGCUAAAUGCAUCAUUAUGCAGAAUGCGUCAUUUCAGUGUUGCUGAUAAAAGACACGUUUGUUGAAGAUUUUCAUCUUGUAUUCAUUUGAACAAUUUGCCGAAAAUACCAAAGUAAAGGGGAUCGGAUUGAAACUGUCAGAAUACUGAGAUAGAGUGGAUGUGGAGAAGAUGUUUUUACCAGUAUGAGAGGCUAAGACCCAAAGGCACAGCCUCCGAGUGAAAGGACCAUUCUUUAGAACUUAGAUGAGGUGGCAUUUCUUCACAGAGGGUAUGAAUCUGUGGAAAUUGUUGCUGCAAAGGGUUUGGAGGCCAAGUCUUUGUAUUUAAAUCGGAGACAGAUAGAUAGGAUUGUGAUGAGUAAGUUGAGAAAGGGUUAUGGGGAGAAGGCAGGAAAAUAGGGUUGAGAAACAUAUCAGCCAUGAUCGAAUGGUGGAGCAAAUUCGA